AAGAUGUCCGACAGUCAGGGGCGAAAAAGAGAUUUAGAAAGCACAGAAAUGGAAAUGAGAAGAAAAAAUCCCCCACGGACAGUGGGACACCGCGACACCGUACGGCGACACACAGGAUCCAUGCCGUGAAUCCUCACUCGCUCUCGCCCUCAACAAAACGAACGAAACGCAUACCCAGACCAUUGAACCCUAAAUUUCUGAUCCCUCCCCUAAUUCCUUGUUCUCCAAUUCCUUGCCAUCCAUUUACCAUCUUGGCCUAACCUUUUAACUUAUUGACCUCCGUGUUCACUUUCUUCGUCUCCGGAUUUCUUGCUACCAAAGUGUUGCAAUAUUGUUUUGGAUCCGAUUUGGUUUCAGCUGGUCCGAGUUUUUAAUCCGUGGUUUUCUUUGUUUCAUAGGGAACUUCUGGAGGAAGAUAGUGCCUAAUGAUGUAGGUGGUGCUUAUGUUGUAGUAUGGUGCGAGGAAUUUUGGAGAAGUGGUGAUCCCAAAACAUGGGUAGCAGCGACACGGAUAAACAGGCAAAAGAGAAGGAGCCGAAGACACCUCCUGCCACAAAUUCUAAUACUACGCAGGACCAGUCUUCGGCUACUGGCACUGGUGUGGUUAAUCCUGACUGGUCGGGAUUUCAGGCAUAUUCUCCUAUACCUCCACAUGGGUUCUUGGCUUCAAGUCCCCAAGCGCCUCCCUAUAUGUGGGGCGUCCAGCAUAUAAUGCCUCCCUAUGGUACCCCUCCACAUCCAUAUGUUGCAAUGUAUCCCCAUGGUGGCAUAUAUGCUCACCCAUCUAUUCCUCCGGGACCUUAUCCUUUUAGUCCUUUUGCUAUGGCUCCUCCAAACGGCAUGCUUGAGGCUACUGGAAACACAACUGGCAACAUGGAAACAGAUGGUAAACCAUCUGAGGUGAAGGAAAAGUUGCCCAUCAAAAGAUCAAAAGGAAGUUUAGGCAGUUUGAAUAUGAUAACAGGGAAGAAUAAUGAGCAUGCUAAAACCUCAGGUGCAUCUGCUAAUGGGGUUCAUUCUAAAAGUGCUGAAAGUGCAAGUGAAGGUUCGAGUGAAGGAAGUGAUGCAAAUUCUCAAAGUGACUCACAACCGAAGUCAGGGGGUGGUCAAGAUUCUUUUGAAGCUGAAGCAUCUCAGAAUGGCAAUUCCGUGCAUGGUCCUCAAAAUGGAGGACCAAAUACACCUCAUACAAUAAUGAAUCAAGCAAUGGCUAUGGUGCCGAUGUCAGGUGCAGGUGCUGCUCCCUUAGCUGUUGCUGGUCCCACGACAAAUCUAAAUAUCGGAAUGGAUUAUUGGGGUGCUCCAACUUCAUCAGCCAUACCUGCAAUGCGUGGGAAGGCUCCUUCUACUCCUGUUGCAGGAGGAAUUGUUACUGGAUCACGGGACAAUGUUCAGCCACAGAUUUGGCUACAGGAUGAAAGAGAGCUUAAGAGACAAAGGAGGAAGCAAUCGAAUAGGGAAUCUGCUCGUCGAUCCAGAUUGCGUAAGCAGGCGGAAUGUGAUGAGCUGGCCCAGCGUGCUGAAUUGUUGACAGAAGAAAAUGCCAAUCUCAGAUCAGAAGUGAGCCGGAUCAGGAGUGAUUAUGAGCAGCUUCUCGCGGAGAAUGCCUUGCUUAAGGAGAGACUUGGGAAGGUUCCUGGGCAUGAAGAUCCAAGGUCUGGCAGGAAGGACCAACACUUGAGUAGUGACACUCAACAGACUAGGCAAACAGAAGUUGUGCAGGGUAGCCACUAGGAUGAAGCUACCUUGCUUUACGCAGCUUUCCGGGAGUAUAACCUAACAAAAUUUAGUAAUAGGAAGUUCAUAUUUUGCAUAGAAUGUAGUUUAAACUAUUAUAUCUGACCUUAUAGCGUUAGGAUCCGUUUGUUUCAUAUCAUUCCUCAUUUGUAAUUUAACCCAUCUGUAACAUUACAAGACCCGGAUGGUGUGUCCAGCGUGAGACUUGUGUCACUACCCAUAACUGUUUUCAAAAGGGUAGUUUUCACACUUAUCUCGGUAAUAGAAUGGUUAAUGCAAGUGCAACUUGGAUGGAUGGAAAUGGAAUUAAUGAACUCUUUAUGGUUAACUACUAAAA